UGACGAUGCUCAGCUCGCUGCGGGACUGAAGUGUAACCACACCGCACCCUGAAACCAGAGCCCACCUCCUCCUGCCCCCCUUCAGCAUCCCGCAGGCCGCAGCAUGGAACGCUCCGGCAGCAUCCAGCUGGACAUACCGGACUUCAGUAACUCGGUUCUGUCCCACCUGAACCAGCUGCGCGUUCAGGGCCGUCUCUGCGACAUCGUGGUCAACGUGCAGGGUCAGAGCUUCCGAGCGCACAAGGUGGUCCUUGCGGCCAGCUCACCGUACUUCCGGGACCACAUGUCUCUGGGCCAGAUGAGCACCGUGUCUCUGACGGUGAUCCGCAACCCGUCGGUGUUCGAGCAGCUGCUGUCCUUCUGCUACACGGGCCGCCUCUGCCUGCAGCUCGCCGACAUCAUCAGCUACCUGACAGCCGCCAGCUUCCUGCAGAUGCAGCACAUCAUUGACCGCUGCACGCAGAUCCUGGAGGGCAUCCACCUGAAGAUCAGCCUGGCCGACCUUGACGAGGAGCCGCGGGAUGACGAAAUGGCGCGCGGCUCCCGUGGCGGCAGGACCCUGGAGGCUGUGGUGAGAGCGAGCGGUCAUCACGCCGGCCUGCGGCUGCUCGGAGUGCGAGGAGGCGCCGAGGCGUGCGAGGCAGUCAGCCCCGCCGAGGAGCCGCUCAGCCCGCCACCGACCGUGGAGCACAGCGGGCUGGAGGGGCCCGGAGUCGCCUCAGGCAGAGCAGGCAGAGAGCCCAUCCUCCGCAUCAACCGGGCGGGUCAGUGGUACGUGGAGACAAGCAGCGAGCCGGAGCGCAGCGGCAGCGCAGAGGACGGCGGCGGCAUGGAGCGGGUCAGGAUCAAGACGGAGAGGAUGGAGGAGUGGAUCGGAGCGGGGGAGCACCAGGAGGAGGGGGCGGCGGUGGAGGAGGGGACCACCGUGAUGAUUGACACGUCGGGACGCAGCACGCUGGUGUCGGGGCCGGUGGGAGCGCUGGCGACCCGGAGCGCCCAGCCAUCGUCCAGCUUCAGCGAGACAGACAGGUUCAGUCCCACCGGCAGCGUGGUCGUCCUGGCGGAGCGUCAGAGGGCGAAGAGCGAGUCUCCCAGCAGGGCUGACGAGCUGCGACAGCCGAGCUCUCAGGGGGAGGAGCACGCAGCGUUUGAUAUGGGCGGCUACGAGGACUACCUGAGGGAGCAGGUGGGCGACCGCUGGUUCCGCUACAAUCCCCGGCUCACCUGCAUCUACUGCUGCAAGUCCUUCAACCAGAAGGGCAGCCUGGACCGCCACAUGCGCCUGCACAUGGGCAUCACGCCGUUCGUGUGCCGCAUCUGCGGGAAGAAGUACACCCGAAAGGACCAGCUGGAGUACCACAUCCGCAAGCACACGGGCAACAAGCCCUUCCACUGCCACGUCUGCGGCAAGAGUUUCCCCUUCCAGGCCAUCCUCAACCAGCACUUCCGCAAGAACCACCCGGGCUGCGCCCCCCAGGAGGCCCACAGCGCCUCCCCCGAGACCACCACCGCCUCCGUCACCUCCAGGGGGGGGCCCAGCGACGACGCCUCCCCCAGCCAGGAGGAGCCCGAGGCCGGUGCCGGCGGCGGGGGCCAGUACGGCGAGGGCCCGCAGGCCUCGGUCUCCACCACGGGGCCCGACUGACCCCGCGAGGGGAGGGGAGGGGAGGGCAGGGGUCGGGGGGCGGUGCUCCGAUCCUGGCGCACCUAAAGGCGCCAGGUGGCCUCAGAGUCCAGGCUGAGAUUUUUCCGCUUUAAACCGCAUCUACCUUCACUAACCAAACAGAUCGAGAUAAAAUGAAGAAAUGCCACACACUCCAACAACCUCAUACACACCACCGCAACGCACCGCAGCGCACCGCGGCGCCGCGGCGUGGUCCUCGUUUGCCUCCGUUGGCUUUCUGUUACAGAUUUCUACUUUUAUAUUUCCGGGUCCUACAGGUUCACACGCAGCGUCACAACAGUCUGUCGGAGGAAACUUUGCCAAACUACUCAGUGCCAGUUUCACUUUGAAUCCUUCCUAUUUGCCUUGAGACAAUCCGAGCGGCGGGGUCGUAAUAAUCAUCCCGCGCGCUCUUCAAAGUGCCGCGCCGGCAUUCAAACGUUUAGUUGCACAAAAAGAAAAAAAAACACGACUGUUAAAGAUCCGGUGUGAUCACAGUUUCUCGUCCAUCCAACAUCUCUCUCAUCAGACGUUUGGGAAGUUAACUCCUGCAGGGCUGCUGACAAUUCCCCCAGGUCUCAAAGGGUUAAAGGGCAGCUCUGUAAAAGCAGACACCAGGCUCACUAUUGCCAAUUAGUCUGUUGAUAAGUAGACAAAUAAUUUCAUCUGUAAAAUGUAAGAAGACACGUCUUCAGAUGUGUUCUGAUCAGCAGUGUCAAACCAAAGCAGAUAAAGAGGAUAAAGAUGCCGGAACGACCAAUUUUUCAACUUGGCUUCAAAAUCACCAGAAAUUAAUAAUUGUGAUCAGAACAGUUUCUGAUUUACACAAAUUGAUUAAAUCAGUUUAUUAUUUCAGAUUUAAUAACUUUUGCUUUUUCUUGAGCACAGCUCUCAAAAGCAUAAAAUCAGUCACAGACUGUUGUCACAUAACAUAAAUAGAAUAAAAAGGAGCCGAUUAUUGACUGGAAAUUCUCCAAAAUAUUCCAAAAUAUUCCAUAAUCAGUGAAACACACUGCUGGUUAUAAUCUGUAUCUGUAAAUGACUAGUGUAAUUAAUAAUAGAUAUAGAAAUCAGAGGAUUAGGGACUGUUUGUGGGGGGGGGGGUGCAAUAAAGCGGGAAGCAUGUCAAGUCAUUUUUAAACCUUGGGGAGAGACUCGUGUCAUUUCAUGCCCAGCCCAAGAAAACGUGUUUGGAAGGCAUAUUUUCUUUAAAACAACAAAACAAACAAACAAAUUGAAGAAAAAUCUUUGACUAAUUUUUGGCA